AUGGAGCACAAAGACGCAGACGCGGCCAGUACUGCUGGUGACAGUUGUACCACAGACAGCCUCGAAGAGCGGCUGAAGGUGGCUAGCCUUAACGCAGAGCGCAAUCGCGAUACCCAGUUUCCUGCCGUAUUUGACUAUGUUGAACCACCAAAGACUAACGCCGCUGAUAUCAGACCAUACCUCAAAACUCCAGAAGAUGAGGAGCGGGCGCUGACCGCAGACUACUCGAACCGCCCAUCUCUUUCUCAAUCCUCCUCAUCUCACGCUCCUCCCACUUCAGGAUUCUUUGAGCACUCUCCAUCGGAUGCCAUGAUGGACCGCAAGUUGCGCCAGAACAAGCCUCGCUUGCUCCUUAUGGGGCAGCGGAGGAGUGGCAAGUCAUCCAUUACCAGCGUCGUGUUCCACAAGAUGCCUCCUCAAGAAACCCUUUUCCUUGAAUCUACAACUCAAAUCCAGAAGGACUCGAUGCGCUCAUUCAUGGAUUUCCAGGUCUGGGACUUCCCUGGACAACUCGACUACUUCGAUCCCACCUUCGACACCACCGAGAUCUUCUCUGAGAUCGGCGCACUAGUUUGGGUGAUCGACGCGCAAGAUGACUAUUCUGACUCCCUGAACCGUUUGACAACCACCAUUCUCAAUCUUCAGACCACGUUCCCGCACAUCAACGUCGAGGUGUUCAUUCACAAGAUUGAUAGUCUCAAUGAAGAAUUCCGCUCCGAUAUCUACCAGGACAUUGUGCAGAGAGUGGGUGAUGAACUGAGCGAUGCAGGCUACAUCAACCCCAAUGUCAGCUACCAUUUGACGUCGAUCUACGACUACUCCAUCUUUGAGGCUUUCAGCAAGGUCAUUCAGAAGCUAAUCCCUCAGCUCGACACUCUGGAGAACCUGUUGAACAUUCUGGUCAACAGCUGUGGGAUGGCGAAAGCAUACCUGUUCGAUAUCUGGAGCAAGAUCUACGUCGCAAGUGACACUAGACCCAUCGACAUGGAAGUGUACGAGAUGUGCUCCGACUACAUUGAUGUCAUCGUCGACAUCACCGAUAUCUACGGAUACGACCGCACCCACGGAAAGGUCCUUGGAGAGCAGAUGCAGGAAGCCGAGUCGUCUGUGACUAUCCACGAUGGAACGAUGAUCUACCUCAAAGAGAUGAACCAGUACCUCUGCCUUGUUACGGUUAUCAAGAACGAUGAAGCCAAAGACAAAAAGGGCUUGAUCGACUACAACUGCCACAUCUUUCAAGACGCAUUGAAUGCAGUAUUCGCACGAGCCUGGGAGAAGGACAAGCCAAGCGAGGACGGAGAAGAAGAAGAAGGACAGAAGCCAGGCAAGACACCAGCACAAGGUCAACUUGAGGCGCAAUUGGAGAAUUAA